AUGGCCACCCGCGCCGCUCUCACCCGCCUCUCCUCGCGCAGCCUCACCACGGCCGCGCGCCCCCUCGCCGCCACCACCGCGCGCGCGGCCCUACAGACCACGCCGCUCGCCCGUGUUCCCCGUGCUCCCUCUGUCCUUAUCCCCCGUCGCGGGGCGAGCACUGACGAAGGCGCUCAGACCAUGACGGUCCGUGACGCCCUCAACACCGCUAUGGAGGAGGAGAUGCUCCGCGACCCCACAGUCUUCGUCAUGGGCGAGGAGGUUGCCCGAUACAACGGCGCGUACAAGGUCACCAAGGGAUUGCUGGACAAGUUUGGAGAGGACCGCGUGAUUGACACCCCCAUCACCGAGCAGGGCUUUGCUGGUCUUGCUGUCGGCGCUGCGUUCGCCGGCCUCCGGCCCGUCUGCGAGUUCAUGACCUGGAACUUUGCCAUGCAGGCCAUCGACCAGAUUGUCAACUCUGCCGGCAAGACGUACUACAUGUCGGGCGGUAACGUGCCUUGCCCGGUGACGUUCCGUGGCCCCAAUGGUGCCGCUGCUGGUGUCGCUGCCCAGCACUCGCAAUGUUACGCCGCUUGGUACGGCUCAAUCCCUGGCCUUAAGGUGUUGUCGCCGUGGUCUGCCGCCGACGCCAAGGGCCUCCUCAAGUCGGCGAUCCGCGAUAUCAACCCGGUCUGUUUCCUCGAGAACGAGCUCCUCUACGGCCUGUCGUUCCCCAUGACCAAGGAGGAGAUGUCUGACGACUUUACGCUCCCAAUCGGCAAGGCCAAGGUUGAGAAGGAGGGCACGGACCUGACAAUUGUCGCGCACUCCAAGGCGGUCGGCGACUCGAUCCAGGCUGCCGAGGCCCUCGAGAAGGAGACUGGCAUCAAGGUCGAGGUCGUCAACCUCCGCUCGAUCCGCCCUCUCGACAUUGACACCAUCAUCGCGUCGAUCAAGAAGACUAACCACCUCAUCACCGUCGAGGGCGGCUUCCCGGCCUUUGGCGUUGGGUCCGAGAUCAUUGCCCAGGUGUGCGAGUCGUCGGCGUUCGACUACCUCGACGCCGCGCCCGAGCGUAUCACGGGCGCAGACGUGCCGACCCCCUACGCGGAGACGCUGGAGACGCUCGCAUUCCCCACCGUCGACCUCAUUUCCCAGACCGUCAAGCGUCACCUGUACCGAUCCUAG